AUGGCCCCUUGUAAGGAAUGGAUGAAACUUUCCCGAGAUGAUCGUUUGAAUGCUGAAUAUGAAAUAGGCGUUGAAAACUUUUUAAAAUAUGCAUCUGAAAAGUCGGGAGAAAUAGAAAAGAUUAAAUGUCCUUGCGUAAAGUGCUUAAAUGCAUCAUUUCAUUCUCUAAAUAUGGUAAAAGAUCACUUAUUAACUUAUGGAAUCAUCGAGGGUUAUACAUUUUGGUAUCACCAUGGGGAAAGAGUUGGGGAGGAUACCUUUGAAUCACAAUCUAGCGAAGAAGUAGGAGAUGAUGAGUUAUUAGAUGACUAUAACGAAAAUGAGAUGGAUACAAUACUUAGGGAUUUUUUUCCUAAUUGUAGUGGUUUUGCUGAAAAUGACUCCUUUAGUGAAUUACGGGCUGAAGAUCCGAAUGAUGAUGCUAAGAAAUUCUUUAGAUUAUUUGAUGAUAUGCAAAAGCCAUUAUUUGAAGAUGAUGAACAAUUAGAAUAUUGCAAAAUUUGCAAUGCUUCUAGGUGGAAGCAAGGUAAGAAUAGUGGGGAAAUUAGAACGAAAGAAAAUGGUAAAAGAAUACCUGAAAAGGUCCUUCGAUAUUUUCCGCUUAAGCCAAGAAUUCAACGUUUGUUCAUGUGCUCUAAGACAGCUCAUCAUAUGAGAUGGCAUCAUGAAAGGUUAGGGCUUAUAAGUGAUGGAUUUAAUCCCUUUUCUAAUGUUGCAAAACCGUAUAGUAUUUGGCCUGUGAUGCUAGUUCCAUACAAUUUGCCUCCUUCGAUGUGUAUGAAACCUUCUAGUAUGCUAUUGUCAAUGCUUAUACCUGGUCCAAAGGGUCCUGGCGAUGCUAUUGAUGUGUAUUUGCAGCCUUUGAUAGAAGAGCUUAAAGAGUUGUGGGAAGUUGGUGUUGAAACUUAUGAUGCUUCAAAAAAAGAAAAUUUUAAAAUGCAUGCGGCUUUGCUGUUAACUAUCAAUGAUUUUCCCGCUUAUGGAAUGUUAUCUGGAUGGAGUACCAAGGGGAAGAGAGCAUGUCCUUGUUGUCAUAAAGAAACUUCUUAUAUGUGGUUACCUAAUUGUUUUAAGCAUGUCUAUAUGUGUCAUCGACGUUUUCUUCCUAUUAAUCACCCAUGGCGAAGGAAGAAAGAUGUUUUUGGAAAGAAAGAAAAAGGAGAGGCACCUAAGCCAUUAUCAGGGGAGGAAGUUCUUGAACAAGUUAGAGAUCUUGAAGGACAAACUAAAGACACAGCUAAUUCUCGUUUUGAUAUGGAGGGAUUAGGUAUAAUGCCAAAGCUACAUCCUAUUUCAAAGGGUGACAAGAUUGAAUUACCCCCCGCACCAUACACACUAUCUAAGAGUCAAAAAGAGAUAUUGUGUCGUUUUUUAAAAGAGUUGAAAGUUCCCGAUGGCUAUUCUUCUAAUAUUUCUCGAUGUGUAAAUGUAAAAGACUGUAAGAUUUCAGGAUUGAAGAGUCAUGAUUGCCAUGUCCUGCUACAAAGCAUACUUCCUCUUGUGAUUCGCGGCCUUUUGGUGAAAGAUGUAUCCGAGCCUUUAGUUGAGCUUUGUCAGUUUUUCGGUGUGCUCUGUGCUAGGUCUGUGCAAGUUGAACAUCUAGAGAAAAUCAAAUCCCAAAUUCCUUUAACUCUUUCGAAGUUAGAAGCAUGGUUGCCUCCUUCUUGUUUUGAUUUCAUGCUUCAUUUAAGUGUCCACCUAGCUGAUGAGUUAAUUCUUGGCGGUCCUGUCCAUUUUCGUUGGAUGUAUCCUGGGGAACGAUAUCUCCAUAAACUCAAGUUAUAUGUGCUUAAUAAAGCACGUCCGGAGGGCUCAAUAGCGGAGGGUUAUAUUGUUGACGAGUGUAUGACUCUAUGCUCAAGGUACUUAGAUGACGUUGAAACAAAAUUUAAUCGUCUUGAGCGUAACUGUGAUGGUGAUGAUAUUGAAAAGUUGGACGAACAAAAAGCAUGUCCUUAUGGGGAAGAAUUUCUAUCUUUAGCACGUGGUCCUAUAUACAGUUCUAGGUCUUUUAGUGGUUAUGUCACUAAGGGAUUUAGGUUUCAUACAUUACACCGUGAUAGAAACUUGAGAACACAAAAUAGUGGAGUAGUGGUGUUGGGUGAUACUGGUGAGGAAAAAGAGGCCUUAGACUUUUAUGGGAAAGGAAUUAAUGUGGACAAAUUUGGGUAUGUUAGUGUUGAUACACAACGGAACCUCAAAAUAGAUGAACCUUUUGUGCUAGCUAGCCAAGUGUCACAAGUGUUCUAUGCAACAGAUAUUGUAAAAAAAGGUAACUGGCGUGUUGCAGUUACGACAAAACCUCGAGUUACAUAUGAGUUGGCAGUGGAGAAAGACAGUGAUUCUCAAAGCAUGGAAAUCUUAGAUAAUGCCGAGGAUGCGUAUCAAGAACGUGAAUCUUUUGGCUUUGUUGCAUCUGCAUCGGCAUACACGCAUAACGAGAUGAAUGAUGAACACAGGGUUGACAUGGAACCUGAGAUUGUUGAGAACGUUGAUGCUGUGGUAGUAAAGAAACGAAAGAGAAAAACUUAG